AUAAGACCUUCAUCAUCAUCAUCUGAAAAAUAUUCGAACUGCCUUCAACUGAAAAAGAUGUGUAUGCUAGACGCAUCAUGAAACUUCUAGGGGAAGUUUCUACAGUGAAACAAAUGGAGCUAACAGCUGGAUUCCUUGAGCUUCUCUCACAAGCUCCAGACUUGUUAGACUUUCAACCACCUCGCUUAUGUAAUCUACAACAUUUGGUGCUGGAUAUGUGGUCUACAAGAGGUUGCCUGCAGGCGAUAUCUUACGUACUCAGGAUUUACCCAAAUGUAUCUUACUUAUCACUUAGAUGCGAUAUGAAGUCAAACUCAGAAAACGUUGAUGAUGAUUGGGAAACAGGCUUGUCAUCUCGGGGAAUGUUGUCUCACCUCAAAUAUGUCCAGAUAGAAAGAGUGGAAGGCUGUGAUGCUGAACUCAAACUUCUCAGUUUUUUGUUGAAUAAUGCAACAGAUUUGGAGGAACUUUCUAUAUACUUUAUCUCUGAUGAAGUUACCCAAGUUGAACAAUUUAAGGAUAAGUUGAGAGGAGUUCCUACAGCUUCUUUAAGUAUCCGACUGGUAUUCCAAACUCAGUUCUGAGAUUUACAGAAACCUGCAACGAAAAGUAGUCAGAUGUAGUAAACUAACAACAGAUACUUGUACACUCGGGCAAGAAGCAAGAUAAUGGUAUGGAAUCUUAAAAUUGAGUUUGUUCAUUCUGUUUUGCUUUUGUUUUUGGCAAUAUGUCUGUCUUAUC